AUGCCUCAUCGCGGAUCUGUACAGAUUCAGGCCCGGCAUGAGGCGCAGCCUGCGGGUUCUUGUCCCCCACCGAUAAGGCCGUUGAGAGGCCUUUCAGCCGCGGCAACUGAUAAAGCGUCUUCCGAGGCACGGCCGGGCCUGGUAGAUGCUGCCAAAGAGCGGGUUGGCAACUACCAGGCGCAGAAUCGCCCGAAUGAAGAUAAACUUCAGCCAGGUCUAUUGGCUUUUCUUGAAUGGCUCCCAGACCACGGCUGUAUCUCCCUCGCAAGAGACAUUCUCAAGUUGAACUCCGAUAAGGAUCUCUAUGACGUCUAUCAUAAUCUCCUUACGGCCCUAGCAACACCAAUGAAGGCUCGUUCCAAACAAGGUUCAAUUACCGCAUCUCCACACCCCAAACGACAGAACAAUGUCGAUAUUGCGGCUAUAACACUGGAUGAGCCCCAGACAUGUCUGGAUGCUUUUCGUGAUCAGUGUCUGAAACGCGAUAGUCAUCGCUGUGUAGUUACUGGUGAGAUGGAAAAUGACCGUUGGUAUAAAGAAGGCGCUUCAGACGAUGUACAUCAUGGCUUCCUAGAAGCCGCCCACAUCAUCCCUUUUGCCUAUGCAUCAUGGGAUUCGUCAUCACGCCCUCCAGAAAAGAUUUCCAUACAGUGGGAGGCCCUGUGGAGGUACUUUCCGGAAGUUCGACGACUGGGCAUGCAGGUGGAGACAAUAAACAAUCUUUACAACGGCAUAACCUUGAGCAGUUAUAUCCAUGCCGCAUUCGGUCAAUUCCACAUCGCCUUCAAGCCUACCGACACAGAGAAUGUAUACGAACGCAAGAUCUACCGGAGAUUCCCUAGCCUACUGAGAAGAACGCUGCCAGAGAGCAAUCGGAUUGAAAUUUUACGAGCUGAAGACGCUCAAGACUUUGAACUCCCCAACGCCACUCUCUUGGACUGUCACUGGCGGCUUGCAGAAAUCCUGAAUGCCUCCGGGAUGGCCGAAAUCAUUGAUCGAAAUCGUCGGGACUGGGAAGACCUCAAGGGCAGUGCUGGGGGGCAGCUUAGAGAGGAUGGGGGAACAGACUUUGGGCAGUAUCUACGUGUGGCCUUGUGGGAACGGAUGGUGAGCUAA